AUGGCUCAACCAACCCAACCGAUGCCUCAGCAGGUGUCUCAGCAGGUGCCCAGGACUUACUCUCCUGCACAAUCUCCUGCUCCAACCCCCCAGCCUGGUUUUGCGCUCCCAUCGAGCAGCCAGAACAUGGCUAAUAAGAGACCACAACCACAAAUGUCAUUCCAACCGGGCUCGCAGUCCAACCCGCCAUCGCCAUACCCCGCCUCGCCACAUGCGCCAUCGUUUGCCCCUCAAAGUCCAAUCGUCGGCACGCCUACCUCGGCAACCUCACCUCCAUAUGCCGCCAUACAACCCGCUCCGUCUGCCUCGCCCGCUCCCGCCCCCUCGCCCGCGCCUGCGCCUGCGCCCUCGCCAGUGCAAGCGCAGACUCAACAUACACAGCAGCAGUUCAGCCGACCAUCUUACACGAAUGGAAAUACGCCUUCGCUCCCCCCGUUCUCCCAUCCUCAUCCAAGCCACCCGUCUACUCCAACUAUGAGCGGCCCAACGACUCCGAUCCCUGGCACUCCGGGGACUCCUGGCGCCACACCAUACGUCAACGCAGGUUUCGUACCGACUGGGGGCCAGCAGCCUGCCGCCGGCGCGAUGGGGCCGCCUCCAGCGAAAGAUCGGCCGCAACGAACUUACGAAUACGAGGUCACAGACAGCCUUCUGGGCACAGGGGUCGACAUUCGUGAAGAGGAGAACGCGCUCGCUGAGUACUAUGCCGGAUCUUUCGGCCAGGAUUCCAGGACGGGCUUUCCCGCCAACGCGCCUGGCAGUCGAGGGUCGUUCUACGGCGCCGGCCCAGUCAACCAAACCGGUGCGCCCGCAACAACUGGUCAGAAGGAGUUUGAGGCAGCACUGGCAGAGCAGAGAUGGAACGAAUCAGCAGCUCGUCUAUCGGCAACUCGGGCUGUAGAGCAAAGCGACCCUUUCUUGCAGCUGGCAAAUCUGCACGCUCGCGCAGAGAAGUUCGCUCGGCAAUACAACUUGGACCUCAACCUCGAUACCAAGACGCAGCCCGUUCAGAAAUCCAGGAAUCCAGCCGAUUACCCCGUUGCACCCAAGGUCUCAGUGACAACCAGAGAAGGUCCGGAUGGCGCCAUGGUAUCUGUCUAUGGGUCAGUGCUACCGCCAGAUAGCUUUCUGAUUGACCAGCUUGCUCUACUGUCCAUUGCCACCAAGCAUAGGGUACGAGAGCUUCUUGAAGAUGCGGAUCAGAUUGCGACCACGCGGCAGCAGACCUCUCAUGGUGUGAUACCUUCAGACUGGGCUGAUUCUGCCGUCCCGGUGGAUAGCGCUGGCCUCCCUGUCAAUGAUGGUGAGACGGCGACGAAGGCCGUCGAGAGUGGUGCUAACGGCAGCACCAAUCCACGCAAACGCUCGUUUGAUGGAAGCAAUUUUUCGGGCGUAAGCGGAAGGCCGAACGUGCCGGCGACCAAUCACCUGGCUCAGGUUCUGCGAGAGAUGGGCAGAGCCGAGCGAGAAGCAGAGGAGCUGCGCCUCAAGAAGCGCCAGAAGCGAUUGCUUGGAGACACUGCAGCAAAUGGAUCGCGGGCAGGCUCAGUAGCGCCUGGAACCCCAGGCUCCACGGCCCCGGAGCCCGAGAAGGCACCAACCAAGAAGGAGCAGAAGAAGAUUGCGGCUCAGAAGCACGAUGCCUCAGCUGACAAUGUCAACAAGACAACGAUGAAAUUUCUGGGCGGUGGCAAGAAGAAGUACUCGUGGAUGUCGAUGGGAGCAAACACCCCAAGCACUCCUAACAAGCCGACAGCUAGCGCCCCAGGGACACCUGCGUCCGCAGCUGCUUCUGCCUCGGCAUCAAAAGCACCAGAGAGCAAGUCUCUGACCCAGGAGGGCCGGUACAAGCUUGGAAGUUGGCGGGAGUACAGCGAAAAGGGCAAAGAUAUCCAGCUUAGGGAUUGGAUCACCGUCCUAGAGCGUGAUGGUCGAGAAAAGUUGGCCCUGCAGUAUGCGUAUAUGAAGCUUGACGCGUCUGAGCCGCGGUAG